GCGCUCGCUCGGCGGCGGCGGUCAGUCGGUCGAUCGUACGCGACAUACGAGGGUUGUGAGGAGCCGCGAGGAGCCGCGAGGAUUCGCGAGAGGCACACGGCCGCGCACGCGACGAGGACGGAGAGACAAGGAGGGAUCCGGUGACCAGGAGCAACUGGAUAAAUACUUGUUGACGGAAAAGGCACCGAGCGGAGAGGACGAGGAGGAUCCGGUGGAUUUUCCAUCGUCGUCGUCGUCGCCGUCGGCGACCGCGUGAAGACGAAGCAAAGUUGAUCUCUCCACUCGAUCGAGAGCGCCGAGAGAUCGAUCCUCGCGCGCGAGGACGACAGCUGUCAAAAGUGUCAAGUCGGCAGCGAAGGCGAACGAGAUAUGGUGUACGGAGGAGGAUUCGACAUGGUGGAGACGAUGCCGCAGACGGUGCCCACCGCGGCCGGCUACUCGCCGUCGUUCGACUACAGCACUUUUCAGUUCGAUUUGUCCCUCCUGCCGGACGAUUACAGCCCGACCGGCGGCCAGGCCUGCCUGAAGAGCUCGCAGAUCAAGCAGGAGGCACGCUCGCCGCGCUCGGCAUCGCCCACGACCUACCAGAGCCCGCCGUAUCCCAACGGCGAGUUGCCGUUGUCGCCUAACUACUCGCACGAGGGAUCCUCGCCGGGAUACCCGACGAGCCCCUACUACGUACCCAGGAGCCCUCAGAGCGCCCAGUUUUAUCCCACCAGCCCGGAACCGUCGGCCAAGCAGCCGGUCAAGAGGGAGAAGAGCCUCGAUCUUUUGGCCAUCCUUCAGGAAUCCAGACUCUUGGCCGAGAGUCUGGGUUACCGCGAGGACUCAACCGACUGCACGGUGCCCUGUACUCCGCCUCGAAGCGAGGAGGACAUCUAUAACAGUCUCGACGCCGACUUCCUGCCGAAGAAGGAGGACCCUGGCGUGCAGGGACACCCGCUGCUCAAAGAGAUCCUCUUCAAGGAGGAGCCGCGAUCCGUUUCUAGCAGCAACGGUUCGUCGCCGUCCUCUUUGUCCUCCUCUUCAUCUUCGCCCAGUCCCUCGAGCGAGUUCGAGGGUAGUUCAACGUUGCACGAGCUUCUCUUCAAAGGCGUUGUCCUUCGUAAAGAUUUGACGGAGAAGACGAGCCAACCCAAGGUGGAACGAGAAUCGCGGGAGGAGCUGGCGAAUCCUCUGCGAAAGGAGGAAGAGCUCUUCAAGGACGGCCAGAAGAGCGAUCAUCAGCUGCUGCGGGAAGUGUUGAGGGACACCAGUUUCCAGAGGAAGUACAAUCUGAGACCCGUCGAUCUCGGCGGCGUCGGCACUGGCUUCGUCGAGGAUAUGGAGGCCGGCGAGUGCGUCGGUGAUCUCGCCCGCGAGCAGCUCGAGCCGGUUCUCAGUCUGGCCAUCCAGCAACUGCAGAAGGACUUCGACAACACUUGCGUGGCGCUCGGCAUUCACCCAGAGCCCAGACGCUGGAGCGCGGCGGAUGUGGCGGCUUGGGUGCAGUGGGCCAGGCGGCAACUGCAAUUGCCCUCGGUGCCGAUGGAGAGUUUCAAUGUGGAUGGCGCGACGCUAACAUCCCUCACGGAGGAGGAAUUUUGUCAGAGAGCUCCUCAGUGCGGGAGCAUGCUGCACGCGCAGUUGGAGAUCUGGAAGGCCGCCGUCGAGGAGUCCCCGCGGAACACUCUGGCUGCUUCCUGGAGUCCCGCGGGGGUAGUUCAAUCCCCGAACAGCGCCGGAACGCCGACAGUUGGAAAUACCACGGCGGUCAGCCUCAAAGAAUCUCCCUGCACCGUAGAUUUCUCAGACGACGAGGAUGAGGAUUGCGCUUCCGCUCAAGGUGGUAAUAGCAGCAACGGCGGUACUGGCGGCGGCAAAAUGCGCAACGGCGGCAGUCACAUUCAUCUGUGGCAGUUCCUGAAGGAGCUGCUGCAGAGCCCGGGCGUUCACGGCUCCUGCAUACGCUGGCUGGACCGCAACAAGGGAGUCUUCAAGAUCGAGGACUCGGUACGCGUGGCGCGACUCUGGGGCAAGCGGAAGAACCGGCCUGCGAUGAACUACGACAAGCUCAGCCGCAGCAUCCGGCAGUACUACAAGAAGGGCAUCAUGAAGAAGACGGAGCGGAGCCAGAGACUGGUAUACCAGUUCUGCCAUCCUUACUGUCUAUAAGAGAGACUCCCUCCGUCUCUCCUUCCGCCUUUUCUCUCCUUUCCGCGCUUCCUUCUUCGUAUUACAAGCCCUCUCAAUCUCUCUUCCUUUGCGCGCAUAGGCGCCCGCGAUCUGGAGCGAGGAGUGACCUAAGGAAGACUCCGACACAAAGAUCGAAAGGUAAAAAAAGAGAAAAAAGAAAUAAUGAUCCGCCGUGCUCGAUAUUAUCCCGCGACGAUAACGCCGAGCCACGGCCGGGUCCGCUUUUAGUACGCCCGUUUUGGGCGAUCACUUUUGCCUUACGUUUAUUCCCCUCCUUUCCCACUCCCUUUCACUUUCCUUCUCUAUCUCCUGUGCGUGUAUAUGUGCGAGUGUGUCUUCGAGUUUUUUCUUCUUUUUUUUUUUAAAUAAUAUUUUAUAAGCAGGCGAUUCUCCACCAGGUCGCUCUUUCGUUUCGACGUGAGCUUUCGUCACGAGGCGAAGACGCGAGCGGGUGGAAAUUCGCCAGAGAAAAGGGAAGAAAUGACUCUUUCCUCUCUAUUCUCACGAUCGCUUGUCGGCACCAGUUCGUCGGAUCCUCGAGCUGUCUGGUAACGCACGCGAUACGUCCAUGGGGGACACCACACAUGCAGUGCGCGGAACUAUUCGCCGCUGCUUGGUGCCCGUUUUCGCUGUUUCUCGAAGCUGAUAACGAAAUCGGAGACGAAGUCGGGGGACAAUCUAUUUUUUAUACGAAGAAUUUUUCCAAACACACCUGCGCGCUACAACAACCGUCCUUCCGUGUUGCGUCGUAAACGAGCAAAGGUACGGAGAACAAGGAAGAAAUGAAAUGUCAAUCUGCAAUUAUAGCAUCGCGUAAUGUCACGCGUGUUUAACGAAAGAUGAAAAUAUCUUCGCCGACAUAAUCAUUACCUGUUCGCGACGGGAUAAGAUUGUUAAUUACAUUUUUGAGCAUCUUACGACCUCUGACACCCGCGAGGUUCGCGGAAAUAUUUUUACUGAUGCGCGCAGGUGUUUAUUAAGUUGUCGAGAGAGUGCCUUAGACGCGUGCGGUGGGAAUCGCGAUGAUGAAGGACGUGCCGCGUUUCAAAGCCGUGAGGAUUUCCGAUCGGAUCACGGUCGGCGGUCGUCGCGUUGUCAAUCGAGAAAUUUUACCCUGAAUCGUCUGUAUCGCGAUCGAGGACUUUCCAUUCGGGAGAACGGCGAGAAAAGGAGAACAAUUACGGCGAUCGCGUUGCUCUCGAGGCGUCCCAGCACGGCUGGUGCUGGUGAUUUUGGUCCCAUAUAUCUAUGAUAUAUUAAAUACUGUAUGUUCCAUGAACGAUUAGGCUUUAAGACCAAUUAGCUGCGUAAGUGUAUCGGGGACUCACGUGAGUCACCCUUAGGUUACUCGAAGAGAUUUUCUUCUUUAUUCUCUUUCUUCUCUUCUCACACUUGUGUUUCUCACUGCAACGUUCGCGCGAUCGCGAUUGCGACGUCGAUCGCGUCGAGCUUUUAUGCUUUUAAUUCGUAAGCGGCUCUCAUGCGUUUUCUAUACCUUUCGUCUUUCUUUUCACCGCACAUGAUGCUUGUUUAUAGUAAGUUCGGAACUUAACUUUCGAAAUAAUUUCAUUGCGCUGCUCCAUUUCUAUAUAUCAUGCAAAUUAUCGGGAUUGGGGUUCAUGUAUAUCAUUCUCUAUCGCUUUCUCUUAUAUAUAAAAUACUUCCUUUGGAUAUUUUAAUAAUGCUCGUUUGCGAUUUUGAGUUACGCAUAUAUGAAAUACAAUUAAUAUAGAAUUUCGCAAAUUUCGAUGUAAUUAAGCGUAAGUAUUUUACUAACGUGUCCACGUUCGCUCACCAAUCGGUUGUAUAUAAAAGACAUGUAUAGCAUAACCAUUUUAUAUAUUUGUUUUAUUUAUUUAAUGGAGUCUGUUUUAUAGUUGAGACAUAAUAUGAUCUUGCCGUGUAACGCUGGAAGCGUGGCAUUCCGUUGAUGCCGAUUCCGUGUGACUGAUAUCGGUACCGUUUCAGCUCGCUCGUGUAGAUUUCACGGAGUUAACGUCGAAGAGAUUAUUACCGCUGCUGUUUCUCGGCCGUGCGAAAGUGCAAUCGAUGAACAGUGCAAUUACGUCCGUGCAUCUGUUAGACUUGAAUCAUUCUCAGCUCGCUUUGCGCGACGUCCAUUGUUCAGAAUCGUAAUAAAUAGAAUGGAUUUAGCACGUUGUUGCGAAGAAGUUGAAAAACCGACUUGCAUUUAUUUUCUUGACAUUUUGCUAAGUAUUCACGAACGAGGACGAACUAUUUUUUUUUAUUAUGAUUCUAACAUAAUGACUCAUGAGUUUAACGUUGUUUGACUUGAAUUGGUAUUUGCGACGGAUGAUAACGUUGCAAAUUACCAAUUCGACAAAUAACUUUAAUGACAAUAUUUGGGUUGCUGAAGAAUUCAAGUCCCUUGUUUCGAACGCAGAACUUAAAGCGAAAGAAUACGGCAGCGCGAACGAGCGAAUACUCGAUCUGUAUGGAACCCAGGUCUGUCGGGGAAAUGAAUUUGCUCGCGUAAUUAGAUCGUAAAGCGCGCUUCCACGGCUGCUGGAUUUCUACGACGCGAUACAUAAUUUUUUUUAUGCCGCCUGGCAUGGAACGCUCGUCAAAUCGGAAGUAGACCGAGGCGGAACUUCAAAACAUCAUUGUUUUAAUGCAUUUAAAUUAAAACAGAGAAAUAUUACGGACAUAUUAUAUGAGAAACAGCAUUCGGAUUGAUUUUAUUUGCGACUUCGAUUUUUCGGCACAAGAUACGAUUCGUCUUCAGUUGAUAUGUUUUAUCGAUAGUUUGAAACGGUACGUAAAUUCUUUUUCUGUUAUUUCAAAAAUUUAUAUAAAUACAUACAACACGAAAAAUGUCUUUCUCUUGACAGAACAAUACAGAGACUUUGGCGAUCGCAAAAGUGUCUCUAUAUUGAAGAUCGUCCGUUUCUGUGCCAGGUAUCAUGGCAUUCUGUAAGUUUAACGGUAGUUGGUUCUUCAAUUCCGCGAUAAAGCGCAAGGGAGACCCGAAAGCGGGAAGGCAGGGAGUUUAUCCUCGAUAGCUACACAAUAACGGAAAGGAAGAAUGCAGUUCGUUGACACGGACAAAACCAAGGAGCGCGAGUUAAUUUUGCAGCUAAGCAGAGAGGCGGGAAAUGAUAAGAUCGGGCAAAACGAGACGAGUAUAACAUUGGAUAAUAGAUCCCAAUCGCGCGAUAUAACAUCACAGAGCGGCUAUUGUUGUGUAUAACCGACUGUUUAUUUAUUAAAUUAUUAAUUGCUAAGGUAAAAUUGUAAGACUAGAGAUAAUGCGAAUAUUUUUUUAAUAUAACGCGUUUGUCAAUAGACGUAUUUCUUGUUUGAAAUUAAAAUAACUUUUCUUAAUGUCGAAGAAGUCGACAUUUCUUGUAGCACAAAUAAUUAAGAAAUGAGAAUUCAUUGAAACAAACCGUAGGAUUCCGAUGACAAUAAUGAAAAAAAGUUUUAAUAUUACUCAACAUUUUCAUAAAUAAAAAGAAAUUAUCCCGUUCACCAAAUACGUCCAUUGUCAAGCGUCACACGUAUGAUAAGGGGUAUAUAUAGUUGUUAUCGAAUCGUUAUGAAAUUUCUAAUGUUGGAGUUUAUUAAAACCGGUGCAAUUUAUUUAUCUUGCUGAGAGAAAGCGACGAAAAGUGGCUUAGUGAGAGAAAAUUGUGCUUCCAUUUUCCCAGUGAUCUUUGGCAAUCGGAACAUAAUUGUUGACGCGCGUGCGCGUUAAAUCUUUGUAAAUAUUUGUGACUAGCACGAGAGAGAGCAUAUCUUUAUCCCUAGAACUCAUGUAUCAUUUUUUUGACCUUCUAACGCAUGACUGGGGGCAAUAUCGACCCCACGCUUUAUUUGAUCGUAAAACCG